CCGCCGCGGGGGGGGGAGAGCCGCGGGAGCCGGGGCAGCGGCAGGGGCGGCCCCGGGCGGGAGAAGGCGGAGCGGAGGGGGAGGAGGCGGCGCCGCCGCCGCCGCAGGCAGCACGGGGAAGCGGCCGGGCUGCCCGGGCGGGGAGGGCUGGCUCCGGCCCCUGCCCGGCGGGGCCAUGGCGCUGCGGGCCCGGGCGCUCUAUGACUUCAGGUCGGAGAACCCGGGCGAGAUCUCGCUGCGGGAGCACGAGGUGCUGAGUCUCUGCAGCGAGCAGGACAUCGAGGGCUGGCUCGAGGGGGUCAACAGCCACGGCGACCGCGGCCUCUUCCCGGCCUCUUACGUGCAGGUGAUCCGGGCUCCGGCCGCGGAGCCGCCCGCCCCUGCCGGCGGGGCCCGCUACGCCAACCUGCCCCCCGGCGGCUUCGAGCCCCUGGUGCCCCCGGCUGCCUUCAGCCCCCCGGUCCAGCAGCUCCCCCCUCCGGCGGCGGCCGAGCCCUUCCCGCUGCCGCCCGCCUUCCCGCCCGCGCCCUACAGCGGCUCCUACCAGCCCAGCCAGGGCAGCGACGACGACUGGGACGAUGACUGGGACGACGCCUCCACGGUGGCGGACGAGCCGGGCGUGCUGGGCGGCUCCUACCCGGACUACGACGCGGCGGGGGGCGGCGGCCCCACCUCGGCCCGGUACCGCCUCUCCACCCGCUCCGACCUCUCGCUGGCCUCCCGCAACAGCCAGCAGCCCGGCCACCCCCACCACCACCCGGGCGGCGGGGCCAAGAGCUCGGCCACCGUGAGCCGCAACCUCAACCGCUUCUCCACCUUCGUGAAGUCGGGCGGGGAGGCCUUCGUGCUGGGCGAGGCCUCGGGCUUCGUGAAGGACGGGGACAAGCUGUGCGUGGUGCUGGGCCCCUGGGGGCCCGAGUGGCAGGAGAACCCCUACCCCUUCCAGUGCUCCAUCGAGGACCCCACCAAGCAGACCAAGUUCAAGGGCAUGAAGAGCUACAUUGCCUACAAGCUGGUACCCAGCCACACGGGGCAGCAGGUACACCGCCGCUACAAGCACUUCGACUGGCUCUACGGGCGCCUGGCCGAGAAGUUCCCUGUCAUCUCCGUGCCCCACCUGCCCGAGAAGCAGGCCACGGGCCGCUUCGAGGAGGACUUUAUCUCCAAGCGUCGCAAGGGCCUGGCUUGGUGGAUGGACCACAUGUGCAGCCACCCAGUGCUGGCUCAGUGCGAUGCCUUCCGACACUUCCUCACCUGCCCCAGCACCGACGAGAAGGCCUGGAAGCAGGGCAAGCGCAAGGCCGAGAGGGACGAGAUGGUGGGCGCCAACUUCUUCCUCACCAUCAGCGUCCCCACCGGCCCUGCCGCUGCCCUGGAUCUACAGGAGGUGGAGAGCCGGGUGGAUGGCUUCAAGAGCUUCACCAAGAAGAUGGAUGAGAGCACCAUGCAGCUCACCCACACUGCCAAUGAGUUUGCCCGUAAGCAAGUCACUGGUUUCAAGAAGGAGUACCAGAAAGUGGGGCACUCCUUCAAGGGCCUCAGCCAGGCCUUCGAGCUGGACCAGCAGGCCUUUUCUGCCAACCUCAACCAAGCCCUUGCCUUCACCGGGGAAGCCUAUGACACCAUUGGGGAAUUCUUUGCAGAGCAGCCCCGACAGGACCUUGACCCUGUGAUGGAUUUGUUAGCACUAUAUCAGGGGCAUCUGGCCAACUUCCCAGACAUCAUCCAUGUCCAGAAAGGAGCCCUUACCAAAGUAAAGGAGAGUAAGCGGCAUGUGGAAGAAGGGAAGAUGGAGGUCCAGAAGGCUGAUGGUAUUCAAGAUCGUUGUAACAUUAUUUCUUUUGCCACCUUGGCAGAAAUUCAUCAUUUCCACCAAAUUCGAGUGAGGGACUUUAAGUCACAAAUGCAACAUUUCUUAAAACAGCAAAUACUUUUUUUCCAAAAAGUGACACAAAAGUUAGAAGAAGCUCUUCACAAGUAUGACAGUGUUUAAUCUCCUAACUUUGAAUUGUGGACUGUUCAGAGUAUGAGAGUGAUUUAAGCAGCAGAGUAACAAUCGCUGUUGUGGAGGAACUGUUGCCAGCUGUUGGUGGUACAAGAAUGGUUUUGUGUUCAUCUGGAGUCCCAGCUGAACCUCUAAUUAAGUAAGAAGGAAAUGGUUAAUAUGGCUAUGUAAUAGAAACAGUACCACACAUUGUAACUAAGUUAUACUGUUUAUGCCUACACUACCAUUGUAACUUUUUUGAAAUAAUGAUUAUACUAUUGCCUUAUUGCUUUUUGAAGUAUGGUAUUUUAGUGCAUACUUUGUAGACCUCAAAACCGUUUGGGUCUUUGAGGAAGCUGGCUAGAUAAAAGCCUGCUUCAGAUGCCUUUUUAUUGUCCUAGAUUUGGAUUUCCUAAAUUCAACCAAUUCUCUGUUUACAAACUCCUACUAGAGCAGCUAUGCGACUUUGUGCCUUUAGACUUUUUUGAUUUUUCCUUUUCUAGUAAGCCACAUUUUUAUGACUGAAUGAAGGGUUGGUGCCUGUGACAGGAAUGGAUUAUGAAAUCUCAUAUUCACUGAAAUAAUCAGCUGCCACCAUCUAAUUGGCACAGCAGAUAUUGCCCUGUGACAAAUGUUGGCUGAAAAAGCAGGAUUUAAAAUCAAUUCACACUUUCUUGUAAUAAAUAGUCUUCAUUUUCAAUUCUGUUUGCCAGAACCUUAAACAUACAAAUGAAGAGUACAGCACCACUGUAUUCCCUUUCUUACCAUGAUUACAUAGUGAGGGGUUUUAUGUUAGAAUACAUUAUUGUGAGUAGACACUUGGAGAACUAAUCUAAUAGAAGCCGAGGAUUGAAAUGUAUCAAGGGACUGUGUAUACAGGCUAAGUGACUAGCACUUGUUUGUGUACUUGAUAGCUGGAGAUGAUUUGUUCAUUGUUUCAGUGUAAAUUCAAAUACAGACCUAUGUGGUCAAUUGAGACUCCACUGUGAUUCACUGGUUUACGAAGUCACAAAUUUGCAGGGAUGUUCAAUGGUAUAAAUGGUUUGAAAGCAGUCUUGGCUGAACUGACUAGGAAACAGGAAGCAUUUCUUAUAUUUAUAACACCCAUUUAGCAGUUAACUAUUGUCUUACUUUUCUGUAUAAGGAUUUUUGCAAAGUUGAGAGUUUUUGUGUGUGUGUGUGUACGUACACAUACAAACACGGUCUCAAAACUGUUAUCUGAUCUAAACCAAGAAAAUCAGUCUAAAAUUUAUCCUUAACCUACCAAUUCACUUUCUGAAGGUCACUACGAGAAAGUUUUUCCUUUAUCUUGUCUCCUUACUAUAAACAAAAACCACGGAACCUGAAUUUAAUACACACACAAACACACACCACACCCCUGUAACCAAACAAAAGCCAGGAAACUAAGCAGUCAGGGGAUAUUGUUCAGAUGGAGUACAAAAUAUUAACUACCCGCAUCUUAGAAAUCCAGCAGUUAUCUGACUGGAUCAUGCCAACUUUAAUAGGUUAAAAACCCCACUGUUGUUAGAUGAAGAAACAAAAAAUAAAAAAGCAAGCAGCUACAUUUUCACAAGAUUUAUUGCAAAAUGCUUUUGGAUUGCCCUGCACUGAUGGUUAACAAAAAGUUAUUUCAGGAAGAACUUUGCUAAUGCAGUGAUACUGAUAAACAACGAAAAAAAUCACUCUUUGCUAAAAUAAAAGGACAACCAAUAAGGAAAUAAACUGUUUACAAGCUUCUAAGAAAAUUGCAAACAAUGUUGAGGAAAUAAAAAGUAUUUGACAUGGUCAUAAUGCUGACUCACUAUCCUUAACCUUCCUCAUAGUACCUCAUUGUCAGGGUAGUGAUCUCUGAACAAUAGCUGAUCUGAUUCCCAGAUAUGGUUUACUACGUUCUUAAGACAGUGGUGGGUUAGGUUUGGAGUUUCAGUCUGUGCUUGGUUAAGCCAGAUGCUAUUUUAAUAAAUAUCUAUAUGAUAAUUAUAUGAGGCUGUAAUCAAAUUUAUUCCACUUGAGCAGUUAAAAGACUUUUCAGAAAAUUACCUUGGUCCAGUUAAAGAUUUUAGGAACUUAACAGUACUGAAAUGGUCAUAUCCAAGAGAAAAUGAAGCUGUUAUAUUAUAUGCAGUACAACAUUAUCAGAAUGGUACAGUUUCCACAAAUAAACUGUCAUGCCCUUCC